GCUGUUCUUCUGAGGCCACGCCCCCUUUCCCAAGUCAGUAUCCAGCAUCUCUCUCUCUAGCAGCUCGCACUCUCUAGCUUUAACCCUUAAGGCAACGAGGCCGGCAACUUCGCCCCCGAGGGAGGGUGUGUGGAUGUAUGGAAAGUCCCCCGAGGUUUGCAGAAAGCUCCUCUCUCCGUUUGCAAGGCUAGUCUGCGGCCCGACACCUUCCUGUCUAUAAAAGGAAACAAGAUGCAAGACCGGCGCUGCUUUCCCUUUCAUGCACGCGGAUGCACCGUGAAAGCAAAAGCAGGGGAGUCUGGUAGGAACUGCGUGCUGGGCGGGCGCAGGAGGGAGAGGAAGGACUAGACAAGGCGCGAGGGGCGGGCGGGCGAGUGGGAAGGCGGGGGAAAGCGCCAAGGCGGAAUACUUUUUGCGCCUUUGUGCCGUUUUGUCACCCCCCUCACUCUUGACACCCGGGCGGUCUGCCCCCACCGCAGCCCCUUCCUCCGCAUCUGCGCCCAUGGCCACACCUGCAUAGAUGUGCCAUCCCUGAUCACCUGAGCUGCCCAAUUCAUGGGGGAUGAAAGAUGCUGAAGUAUUUUGUGUGGGAGAGGAAGCAUUAUAAAAUGAAGAUGUGUUGCAAGGGUGGUGCCUAUCAUAAGAGAAAGAUGCUUGGCCUGAUCUGCUUGGCCUUCAGAGUCUAUGGAAAUCCCAUGCACCUCUUCUCUCUGGAGGAGGAAUGGGAAGCUACAGCCACACCCUGUGUGAGGAACAGUCACUAAUCUAGGCUAGACUGCAAUCUGAACAGAUUAAUAAAAUAUUUUCUCAAUUGAAAGCUAUGUGGGUUGGUAGAGAAUGUUCUCUUGCACGUGGAGCAGACUAGUCUCAUACAAUUAGCAUUGCCCCAGACAAAGUCCCUACAAAAGCAUCGGCUCAGGCGAAGGCCCUACCUCUGCACUUCUGAGUGUAAGGGAAAUGGCAUUUGGUGGAACUCUGUGGCUGCUGAUAUUAUAUACAUUUUCAUUCAUUCAUUCCUUGCUGUUUGCAUGGGGAGUCUAUUAUCAUUUUAAAAGGACCCAUAUUCCUCCAGGAAUCAGCCAGGGCAUAAAAUUACGAGUUUUCAGUUUUGCAGUGGAAUAUACACUUGGACUGGUAAGUUUGUUUUGCAUAUCUCACAAUUCGAAGGGAUGGAGUGACCCACCCUCCUUAUCAAUAAGGCUACAGUGUUUAGGAUUUUUUAGUUCAGAGAAAAGGCAAGCAACUGGUGACAUAAUGGAGGUCUGUAAAAUUAUGGAUGAUGUGGAGAAAGUGGAUAGAGAAAAGCUUUUCUCCUCUCAUGACACUAGAACUUGUGGAGAUCCAAUGAAGCUGAAUGUUGGAAGAUUCAGGACAGAUAGAAGAAAGGACUUCUUCACACCAAACAUAUUCAAACUAUGGAAGUCUCUUUCACAGGGGGCAGUGAUGGCUGCCAAGUUGAAUAGCUUUCAAAGAGGAUUAGAUAAAUUCAGGGAGGAGGAGGUUUUGGGUGGCUGCUAGUCUCCAUGCCUAUGCUCUGCUUCUAAAGCAAGAGGCAGCAAUGCUUCUGAAUGCCUUUUGCUGGGAGAGGGCUCCUGUGCACAGAUCCUGCUUGAAGGUUUCCCACAGGUACUGUGAGAACAGGCUGCUAGACUAGAUGGGCCAUUGGCCAGGUCCAACAGGCUCUUUUUACAUUCUUAUGUAUGGUGAAUGUUUUGAUUUAAACAGGGAUUGUUUCUGGAAAAACUGGGCAUUUGCCAUAGAUACAUCAUCUGGAGGAUUGCGUUCAAUGCCAUACUAACAGGGAAGGACUCAAAGUUGAUCAGUAAGGACCUGGUUUUUGAUGGGGUGCCAGUGAGGGUGUACUGGCCCAAGACACCAGCUGCUGGGAACAGGAGAGGAAUCAUCUAUCUUCAUGGAGGCGCUGGACUCACUGGAAGCUUGCGUAAGUUCUUUGAAAGAGUCUCACAAAGGUUUACCAAAUGGUUUGUGGAGAAUUUGGGGCGGUACUUUAAUGUAAAGUUCCCAAAAUGUUUGCUACAUAGAGGUGGGGUGCUUCAUACUGCUGCUGUUGACAGUUUAAGAUUAAUGUAGGAUGUCAUUGUGUGGUAAGAAAAUGGGGCUGAGAGGCCCCCUGUUACAAAGGUGACCAGUUCUGUAUCACACUCAAUGAAAUAUCCUUAAAAUGUCAAAGAAGAUGUAUCUGCUUCAUGCCGCAAAGGACUUCUAUGAAAUGGCUUCCAGCGAUGAUCAGAAAUAUCUGGAAAGAAGCCCAGAAAUGUGGGUGGAAGUUUUGUUUUGUUUUUUACCCAUUGACACUGCUUGUUCUGUUACUGAUCAGGAGAGAGUAAAACCCACAGAAUGGUUUUUAGCUAGUGAUUUACAAAGAGUUCAACUGAGUUUUUCCCAACUGAGCUCUAUUAAAAGUUGUUGUUGUUUUCUCUAAUCAAGUGGCAUCUACAUUUUAUGACAUAAAAAUAAAUAAAUAAGCAGAUCUCUUGAUUUCAACAGAUUUACUUUUAGUAGGACUGACACAGACUUCAGCUCACAAUGAUAUCAGUGUUCGUGACCAGGAAAAAUUGUAAUGGAGGUUUUUUUGGGGGGGGGCUUUUGCUUUCUUCCAGGAGCCUCUGAAAAGAUCUGCCGUUUCAUGGCCAACCAAAGUGAUUCAGUGGUUGUGAGUGUUGGGUAAGUGGUUUCACUCUCUUGGUAGCCGUGUAAUGCCCCUCAGCUUCUAACCUUUCCUAAGACCUGAUCCCAGAUGAAUUAUUUUAUUUUAUUUUAUUUAUUUGUACCCCACCCAGCCACUCUGGGUGGCUUCCAACAUAUAUAAAAACGUAAUAAAACAUUGCACUUUAAAAAGCUUUCCUUAACAGGUCUGCCUUCAAAUAUCUUCUAAAGGUUACAUAGUUACUCAUCUCCUUGACAUCUGACAUACCCAGCAACAAUUCUCCAAUGAAAAUAGGGACCUCCAAUGUUUCUCUGAUGAAAAUGCUGAUGUCCUACCAUACUCUUCAACAUUUAUCGGAUUAAAAUAGGGACAUCAUAAGGAAAAGUGGGCCAUUCCAGGAUCAAAUCAGAAACUGGGACAGCCUCUGUAAAUCCGGGACUGUCCCUAGAAAAUAGACUCACUUGGAGGGUCUGAGGAGGGUGUUCCAUGGGGUGGACACCACUAACCAAGCCAUCUGCUAGGUUCCCUGUAGCUUUACUUCUAGCAGUAAGGGAACAUCCAGAAGGCCCUCAAAGGUGGAUCUCUUAUGUCCUGGCUGGAUGAUGGGGGUGGAGAUGCUCCUUCAGGUAUACAGAGCUGAAGCCAUUUAGGGCUUUAAAGGUCAGCACCAACACUUUGAUUUGUACUCUGAAAUGUACUGGGAGCCAAUGUAGUUCUUUUAGGACCAGAGUUAUAUGGUCCCGACGGCUGAUCCAAGUCACCAGUCUAGCUGCUACAUUCUGGAUUAGUUGUACUUUCCAACUCACCUUCAAAAGUAGCCCCACAUCCAGCGCAUUGCAAUAGUCAAAGCCAGAGAUGACCAGAGCAUGUACCACCCUGGUGAGACAAUGUGCAGGCAGGCAGGGUCUCAGCCAGCCUACUAGAUGGAGUUGGUAGACAGCUUCCCUGGACACAGACCUGACCUGUGCCCCCAUGGACACCUGUUAGUCCAGAAUGACUCCCAGGCUGCCCACCUGGUCCUUUAGGGGCACAGUUGCCCCACUCAGGACCAGGGAGUCCCCCACACCCACCCAGCCCUUACCCCCCAGAAACAGUACUUCUGUCUUGUUGGGACUCAAGUUCAAUCGGUGAAAUGCUUUCCAGCUUUAUAAAGUUGUAAACAUAGUGAUUUUGCCAACAUUUAGAAUGGGUGUUCAUUUUUGUAUUUAGAUUUCUAGCUCAAAUCCCUUUGACUUUGAACAUAGUAAGAAAUCUGCUGGAUCAGGCCAAAGGGGACUCAUCUAGUCCAGCAUCAUGUUCUCACAGUGGCAAACCAGAUGCCCGAAUGGGAAACGCACAAGCAGGUGCUCCUAUUUGCAGUGACUGUCCCAGAUUUUCAGAAGCCAUCCCGGUUUCUGAUUUGAUCCCAGAAUGUCCCACUUUUCCUUAGGACAUCCCUAUUUUCAUUUAGAAAUGUUGGGAGUGUUUGGAAUUAUGCAACCCCUGAGCCAAAGAGAUAAGUAACUAUACAACAUCUGCCCUAUAUAGGGAAGUGUUUUAAUGUUUAAUGCUUUAUUACGUUGUUAUAUAUGUUAGAAGCUGCCCAGAGUGGCGGGGGCAACCCAGUCAGAUGGGUGGGGUAUAACUAAUUUAUUAUCAUUAUGGAAUAGAAUGCCCCUAUUUUCAUCGGAGAAAUGAUGGGGGGUAUGCAAGAAGGAGUGGACGCGGGUGGCACUGUGGGUUAAACCACAGAGCCUAGGACUUGCCGAUCAGAAGGUCAGCGGUUCGAAUCCCCGCGAUGGGUGAGCUCCUGUUGCUCGGGCCCAGCUCCUGCCAACCUAGCAGUUCGAAAGCACGUCAGAGUGCAAGUAGAUAAAUAGGUACCGCUGCGGCGGGAAGGUAAACGACGUUUCCGUGUGCUGCUCUGGUUUGCCAGAAGUGGCUUAGUCAUGCAGGCCACAUGACCCAGAAGCUGUACGCCGGCUCCCUCGGCCAAUAAAGAAAGAUGAGCGCUGCAACCCCAGAGUCGGUCACGACUGGACUUAAUGGUCAGGGGUCCCUUUACCUUUAUGCAAGAAGGAAGGAGCUGGAGGGUAGAGAAAGGUGUGUUGUAAUGAAACAGCCUAUUCGUCCAAAGGGAAAGUUUGCAUUUGCUUUCCAUUUUUGCCUCAGGUCCACUUGUAGCUGGCAUGUGGCCCCCACAAGGUUGCACGGAAAGGAAUGUGGCCCUAGGGGUGGAAAGGAUUCUCAGCACUUGCAGUAUGCCAUUACAGAAAAUGGUCUUUUUACAUGAAGUGUAUGGUGUUGAAUGUGGGCGAUAUCUUGUUUUCUCUUUAGGUUUCGUUUAGCUCCUGAGCAUCCCUAUCCAGUCCCUGUGCUGGACUGUUUAACUGCUACAAUACACUUUCUGAAGAAUGCAGAGGAAUACGGAGUGGACCCCAACUGCAUUGCUAUUGUUGGGGACAGUAGUGGAGGCACAUUUGCAACAGCUAUUUGUCAAGAACUGGUGACCAGAGAGGACCUCCCAAGACUGCGAGCUCAGGUCCUGAUCUACCCAUUUCUACAAUCAGGGGACUUUGAUUUGCCAUCCUAUCAGCAAAACCAAUCAAUUCCUCUCUUGUACAGAAAACGAGCUAUCAAACUUGGUUUGACACAUCUCACUGGGAAGGAGAUCAAUGUGGACCCAGUUAUAAAAGGUGCCCAUAUCCCUCCUGAUUAUAGGGAGAAGUACAAAAAAUGGAUCAGUGUUGAUAACAUUCCAGAAGAAUUUAAGGCCAGGGGCUAUGUCCCUAGUGCUCCUGUCCCAUUUUCAAAAGAACUUUAUGAACAAGUUAAAAGAGCUGGUGAGACAAAGUUUGCCCCCCUUCUAGCAGAGGAUGACAUAAUCCGCCAGCUCCCGGAGACUUUCCUUCUAACUUGCGAGUAUGAUAUUCUCCGGGAUGAUGGGCUGUUGUACAAGAAGCGGUUAGAGGACAACGGUGUGCUAGUGACACAUCAUCAUCUUCCAGAUGGAUUCCAUGCAACAAUUAGCUUUUUUGAUUUAUGGCCACUUGAAUUUCCGAGCUCAAGGAAAUGUAUGGAGCAUGUGGUACAAUUCUUAAAAAGUUUAUAUAAAUGAAUGACCGUCUUUGUCUUCCAUUGGCAGCCUUCCCCUGUUGUUCCAAUGCUAAAGUAAUACGAGAAACUCAUAUCCAAAAUUCUACCCAGUCUGAUUGAUUAAAAUCACCAUGACAUUUGUAAGUUCAUAAGCAAAGCGCUGCUGGAUCAGGCCAUUGGUCCACCUCAUCCAGCAUCCUGUUCUCAGAGUGACCAAGCAGAGGCCUCUUGUGAUGCCAGCAAGCAGUACCUGGGUGCAAGAAAUCUUUUGCAGCAUUCAGCAGCAUACAGCUUGCAAUAGUGGAGGCCCAUGAAUUGGGCCUAAUCCUCAUAAAGCCAUCCUACCGGGUCACCAGGUUAGCUUAUUCCAUUAACUGUUGCUCCAUAAUAUUUGAAUAUAUUUAGCAAUAAAGAAGGCGCUUCUGUGUAUUAAGCUAAACUGAGCUAAGCCCAUGGGAGUGAUAUAAACACAUUUAAUUACACCCUUAGAUUAUAGCAAAAUACUCAUUUCGUAACACUCACUCCACAUUUGUAAAUCGAACUUUUAGUGUGGCAGGACACACACUUUGGAACUCCCUGCCUAUUGAUAGCAAACAGGGUUCCUCAUCACACUUUUUUUGGUGCCUGCUAAAAUUGUUGUUAAUGCCAGCCUAUCCAGGUAUGAAUAAUGUUGAUAUAUGUUUUAAGCUCAUUGUUGAUUUCAUUACUCUUUUCUGAAUCUUUUAAACAGCUGUUGUUACUGAUAAUUUUGUUGUUUUGUUCCUCUUUCAAACUGCUUUGAGGCUCCCCCUUGCAAUCAAGGUGUAUAUAGAUUUCAUGAAACAAUAAAAAAUAAAGGUGUUAAAAAGCA